AUGCUGUGGUCCCAGGGCGCCAUUCCGGCCGCCAUCGCGUCGGCCAAGAGGAGCGGCGCGGUCUUCGUGGUGUUCGUGGCAGGUGAUGAUGAGCAGUCUACACAGAUGGCUGCAAGUUGGGAAGAUGAGAAAGUGACAGAAGCAUCUUCAAACAGUUUUGUUGCUAUUAAAAUCGAUACCAAAAGUGAAGCCUGCCUACAAUUUUCACAAAUCUAUCCUGUAGUGUGUGUUCCAUCCAGUUUCUUUAUUGGAGACAGUGGAAUUCCCUUGGAAGUAAUAGCAGGAAGUAUUUCUGCAGAUGAACUUGUUACCAGAAUUCACAAAGUCCUGCAGAUGCACUCGUUAAAAGGUGAAACAUCAGAGGCAAAUGGCAGCCAGUCAGAAAGUUCACACUCUACUCCAUCCACCUCAUUUGAUCCUAAUAGUACUUCUGAAAACUCUCAGUCAAGAAAUGUAGAACUUUCUGAGACACUAACCACUUCUGAUAAAAAGUCAGAUUGCACAACAGGAGGAGAAAAAUCAGACCAUGCCACUUCAUCUCAGGAGGCUAGCGGAUAUUCAAAUCCAAGACCCUCGGAGGACCUCACUGUCAAAGUGGAAAGACUAACCAAAAAACUUGAAGAAAGAAGAGAAGAAAAAAGGAAAGAGGAAGAACAGAGAGAGAUUAAGAAAGAAAUUGAGAGGAGAAAAACUGGAAAAGAAAUUUUGGAUUAUAAAAGAAAGCAAGAAGAGGAAUUAACAAAAAGAAUGUUAGAGGAAAGAAACAGAGAAAAGGCAGAAGAUAGGGCAGCUCGAGAGCGUAUCAAACAGCAGAUUGCAUUGGAUCGUGCAGAGAGAGCUGCUCGUUUCGCAAAGACAAAGGAAGAAGUAGAAGCUGCUAAAGCUGCUGCCUUGCUGGUUAAGCAAGCAGAAAUGGAAGUUAAGAGGGAUGCUUCUGCAAGAGAAAGAAGCACUGUUGCAAGAAUUCAGUUUCGUCUUCCUGAUGGUUCUUCAUUUACAAAUCAGUUCCCUUCUGAUGCUCCUCUUGAAGAGGCAAGGCAGUUUGCUGCACAGACUGUUGGCAACACAUACGGUAAUUUUUCAUUAGCAACCAUGUUUCCCAGGAGAGAAUUUACCAAAGAAGAUUAUAAGAAGAAAUUAUUGGAUUUGGAACUUGCCCCAAGUGCUUCAGUGGUACUGUUGCCAGCAGGAAGACCAACUACAUCUAUGGUACAUUCUUCCAGUGGAGACUUUUGGACAUUGUUGGGGACAGUACUUUACCCAUUCCUUGCCAUCUGGAGAUUGAUUAGCAACUUCUUAUUUAGUAAUCCUCCUCCUGCACAGACCUCAGUGAGAGCAACUUCGGAAACCUCAACCCUUGCAGCGUCUAGCAAUUCAGAGAAAAGGGAACCUGUCAGAAAAAGAGUGCUGGAGAAACGGGGAGAAGACUUUAAAAAAGAGGGGAAGAUAUAUAGAUUGAGGACUCAAGAUGAUGGUGAAGAUGAAAACAAUACUUGGAAUGGAAAUUCUACUCAACAGAUGUAG